AUGUUUUGUUACAUUUACACAGGAACGAUGAAUCCUGGAGUGAUUAUUCGUGAUGAAAACAACGCCAUCGAAAAUGGAGACGAUUUGGAAAAGCAGGGAUAUACUUACUGCAGCAUCUGUCAGUUGUAUCGACCCCCUAAAGCCAACCACUGUAAUAUUUGUGGAGUUUGCUUCUACAAUUAUGAUCACCAUUGCGGUGUUAUAGGUCAGUGUAUCGCAAAGUACAAUCUCUACACGUUUUACGCGUUCAUCAUGAGCAUCGGAAUCACAAUUUCCAUCGCCAAUUGGUAUUUCUACAAUCCAUUUCACACACUUCCAAUGAUGCGUUCAUUCUUUUCUAAAUUCAUUGCUCCUCUGUAA